AUGUCCAUUAUGAGCCAGUUGAUCAGUCCUAGUGAUGCUUCGCUAGAGCACUGCUUCACUAAUAUCUUUGCUCUGACUGAUUUCAGCGGCAUACAGUACCGAAAGUACAUUAUCCAUACUCCAAGGGAAUAUAGUGACCCGUUGGAUGAUCCCAUAAUAAAGUCAUUUGCUCUUUGUCAAAAGUUUGGUGUUCUUUCUGCCUGGGUGCGUUCAAAACCUGAAGCAUCAGAUUCCUCAGAUCCAUGUGCGUUUUCAAAAUUUGCAAAAGAGCUUUGGGUGUUUUGGUACGGGAAUGAUGACUUCCCUAAUGCCGAAAGCUGUAUUCUCCCCGAGCUUCGCAACGAAGAUCAUGGGAACUGGCGUCAAGGUUUAUCGUACGAAACGAGAACUGUCCUAUUCCGGGCAUUACAUAAUGUAGUUGAAAGGUGUUUGUAUACCAAAGGAUUCGUUCGUCUGGGUAAAUGGUUUGUACAGCCUCGUAAAUGUGGUCCCAGCGAUGAUUAG